CGGGCUCGCAGGGCGCCGUGCCUGGGGCGCCUGGCGCACCGCCGCCCGAGGCGGCCGGCGAGGCCGCCGGCGAGGCGGCGCGGGCGGCGGCCGAGGCGGCCGCAAAGGCCGAGGAGGACGCGAGGAGGCAGGCGGAGGCCGAGGAGGCGGCCCGGGCGGCCGAGAGGGCGAGGAGGGCCCAGGCCAGGCUGGCCCGGGAGGGCGAGCCGUGGACGCCGUCGUGGCGGCCCCCGAAGGCGUGCGCCAAGUGGGCGGUGAAGAGCUCGCUGCGCUGCGCGUGCCACUUCGAGCUCACGCACCUGUGCCCCGGCCAGGGCGGCUCGUAGGAGCGGGCCGCGGGAUUCCGUGGGCCACCGAGCCCAGGCGGAGGGUGCCGGCUUCCUCCGCGCCAACAGCGUCGGGCGGG